AUGGGAAAUGCACUCCAUGCUGGUGAUGGGCUGACCAUCGCAGAGAUCUCCGCGGUCGAGUCGUAUUCUGUUGGAAUGACCUCAGAGUCGAGAACGACCACCGAUGACAACACGGCAAGUGUUGCUACGAGACAACAACUCACAGUGAGCGACGAAAGGGACAGUGGUGGUGGCCGUCUGCAUCGCAACCGCAGUGCCACUAGCAGCAAGUCGAGUAGCAGUCGAAUAGGUAUACGAGGCAAUCCAAGUAGGAACAGCCGACAUUUGCAUCAAGAUCGAUCAAGAUCAAAUGUUAGAUCACCCAAUCGAUAUGAAAGCAAGUACUUGGACGAGACGGUUGCAAGCCGACCCUCUACUCUUUAUCAUAGCAAGUAUACGGAUGGCACUGACCCUAGUCGAUCACGAUCGCCAACUCGCUAUGACAACCCCUCCGAUCGUCGUCCCCGGAGUCGGUUCACAGCGGCGCUGCAAUGA